AUGGCCAUCGGGGACAGUAUCCCGGACUAUGUGGCCGUGGCUGUUCAGAAGAACCAGGUGAAGAUGGCAGGUAAGUAUAACAGCAUGGACUGUAUGCGGUGUUUUAUGCACAUGCUUGAGUUUUUCAUGGGCUGCGCGCCCGCGGAGUAUACCGAGGAGCUGCAUCAGUGGUUUCUGAAGCGGCAGUGUCGGAAGUAUGGGCGCAAUGCUGCGGCGGGGCUCGCGCAUUUUGGCGUGGUGUCCUGCGACAGUAUGACCACAGCAUUGGGUCGUAUGAGGAAGGCUCUAAACACCACGUCUCAAGUGAGUGCCGCGACCAUGUAUGUAUUGUUCUGCGAGACGCGGCAGGUUGAAUUGGAUGGCAUUCCAGAGUUCCGUGUGCUCGCGAGUUGUCUGAGCGUUGUGACUCAGAAGGUCCAGCACAAUCAGCAGUAUCGCGGCUUGGUCAAGGCCGCGAAGGGUCUGGGUAUCAAGUACGCGAAGUCGUAUACUAAGAAGAAGCUCGCGGUGCUGGUGCAGCGCGGUAUGCAGAAGCCUGCAGGCACGGGGGCGCGGAAGAGGAGUUACGAGGAGCUGGUAUCCGCA